GUAAUUGUAACCUUCCGAAAGCUCCUUUUUCUUUAGUCCAGAGAUAGACCCGAUUAUUGUUAACUUAAGCAUCGGAGUGUCUACCCCGAGAACCCACCUCGAGGCUUUACAAGUUCAUCCGAAGUGAAGACACAGAUUGAAGAAGGAUCUCUAGUUUGGUGCAAUUAUAGUUUCUAAAUUAGUGAAAGGGAUGUAUCUUAUGUGCUAUCCAUGAUUUAUGGAAGAAUUUGUAGAGAUGGCAAUUUCUUCCAAAACUGGUAGAGUUUUGUGGAGAUUUUUAAUCGUGGAGAUGAAGCCCAGUUACAGCAUUUCAGCAAACCCCAUCUGGGGAAUUGAGAUUGUUGAUUUAUCAGCCAUAGUUAGGAGUACUUCUUCCAUGAGAUGCCAAUUAAGCUGUAUUCUAAUCUAUCUAUUAAUGUAGUGAUAUAUCCAAUAUGUAAUAAAUUAAUCUUAUUACUAAUUGCAGAUAUAGUGAUUUGUUUCUAAAUUAGUGAACGGGGAUGUAUCUUACGUGCUAUCCAUGAUUUAUGGAAGAAUUUGUAGAGAUGGCAAUUUCUUCCAGAACUGGUAGAGUUUUGUGGAGAUUUUUAAUCGUGGAGAUGAAGCCCAGUUAUAGCAUUUCUGCAAUCCCCAUCUAGGGAAUUGGGAUUGUUGAUCUAUCAGUCAUAGUUAGGAGUACUUCUUCCACGAGAUGCCAGUUAAGCUGUAUUCUAAUCUAUCUAUUAAUGUAGAGAUAUAUCCAACAUGUAAGAAAUUAAUCUUAUUACU